GUGUGUACAGCAGAGAGGUGCGCUUGUAGACGUACUACACACAGCCAAGCAUACAAGCAAAGCGAAGAUGGCACGGCGAGGAAAUCCCACCCAUGGCCUGGCAUUGACAUUGGUGGCGACGCUAGCGUUAUGGAGUAGCGAGGCCGAUGCUUUCGGGGUGGGCAUGGGCGCGAAAAGCACGACAACAAUGGGCAUGGGCAACAGCUUUGGGCGCCUGUUCCGCAUCAGCACCUGGGGAGAAAGCCACGGCGGAGGGGUCGGAGUCAACCUAGACGGGUGCCCACCGAAGAUACCGCUUACUUCGCAAGACAUUCAAGUCGAGCUGGACCGACGGAAGCCGGGACAGUCGCGCAUCACCACCCCAAGAAACGAGGACGACCAAGUGGAGAUUCUCUCUGGCCUCUCUCCUGAAGGCUUAACCUUGGGGACGCCGAUCGCCAUGCUUGUUCGAAACAAGGACCAGCGCAGCCAGGACUACGACACCAUGUCGAUGGCGUACCGUCCCUCUCAUGCGGACGCAACGUACGACGCGAAGUACGGCAUCAGGGCAGUGGCAGGGGGCGGCCGAUCUUCCGCCCGCGAGACCAUCGGCAGGGUGGCGGCGGCGGCGGUGGCACGGAAGUUGCUGAGCCUGUACUCCGGGUGCGAGGUGCUGGGUUACGUCAAGUCUGUGCAAGACGUGGGCACUGAAGAUGUGGACUUGGAGACGUUUACGCGAGAGCAGGUGGAGGCGAACAUCGUGCGUUGCCCUGACGAAAAAGCCGCCGAACGCAUGAUCGAACGCAUCGACAAGAUCAGAAGGACGGGAGACUCCAUCGGGGGAGUCGUGGAGUGCGUGGCGAGAAAUGUGCCCUCCGGCCUUGGGUCGCCAGUGUUCGAUAAGCUUGAGGCGGAGUUGGCGAAGGCAUGCAUGUCACUCCCCGCCAGCAAGGGUUUCGAGAUUGGAUCGGGCUUCGCUGGCACCCUUCUGUCGGGGAAGACCCACAACGAUGAGUUUUACGUGGACGAAGAAGGGCAAACGCGCACGCGCACAAACCGCAGCGGGGGAGUUCAGGGGGGCAUCAGCAACGGGGAAACGAUCGUAGUUAGAGUGGCAUUCAAGCCGACGUCCACCAUCGGGCAGCUUCAAAAUACGGUCACGAGGGGGGGAGAGGAGACGACCAUGAGGGGAAAGGGUCGCCAUGACCCCUGCGUUCUUCCUCGGGCAGCUCCCAUGGUCGAGGCGAUGGUUGCCUUAGUCCUCGCGGACGUCUUGAUGCAGCAGAAGGCGCAGUGCGAGCUGUUCCCAGCUGACGCGUUGGAGACUCUGGAGACGAAUCCUUUGGGGAAGAAAUUGUCUGGGGCGGGGUUGUCUGCUGCUUCGGUAAACACACCAUGAUGCUGAAGGAGCGCGACGCUAUGCAGCAUGAAUCUCGGAGGUGUAGAGAUUGUGGCCGUUUGUCUGUGACUCGGCAACUGCUUGAUUGUUGACCGCUCCAGAGGAGGCAGCAGAAGAGAAUAGCCGCGUUGGUUUUGCCUUUGAGGGGAAAGGGAGAGAUAGCGACGCGUAGACGCGAGGGUCUAUUUACGCCGCCAGGCAACAAGUGGUACACCUAGUGCAAGAGAAUGUUCCUCGGAAAAGCACCCACAUCACAUGGCGUUGUUUGUUGCCUUCAGGUCCAGACGGCUGUGGUUUUGCUUAGAGCGUGUGUGGUGUUUUCUGUCGUAGGCGAAAAGAGAGAUGACAGGGAAGUGGCACCCCGGCAGCGAAGCACUGGAUCUGGCCAACUUUGGUUCUGUGGGACGAAGAGGACAAGGACUCACUGGGCAGUACCAAGGCGUCCUGGUGCUUGCACGCGAUGUCAAAAAAACUAUGUGUGUAUGUUGUUUUGUUUUCGUCCUACUUCU